AUGGAAUCCCAAAUAAGGUUCACAGUCAAGGAAUGGAGACAAAAGAUAUGUGGGAAGAAGUCUUCAGAAGAUUUGAAAAAGGAAAAGGGCGCGAUGAAUACAGCAGACGUUUAUGGUAGAAACAGAUUCACUUUCUUCAUCGAUCUCAGGAGUAUGAGAGACAGUGACCUUAAUGGGAGUGGAUUGAGAUUGUGUCAACGAAGCAACCAUAACAAAGAUAGAAAAUGCUGCAUUGAAAGUGACAGAGACAGUGACAGUGACAGAGAAGGACACAUAGACAGUCAUGAGGACAGAGACAGUUACAGGGACAAAGACAGCAAAGGAGCCAAUGAAAAUGAGACCAGUAAUGACAAGGACAACGAGAAAGACAGUGAUUAA